GAAAUAAUUCUUGAAAAAGAAAGCAAGAAUGAAUUUAAUUGUUGCACUGUCUAAUUUGCAUUUCAUCGGAAUCAUCAAAUUCCAAUAAUGAGUCUAAGAAUUGCAAUAUCUCCAAACACCAUUUUGCUCCCUCUCCCACUCACUCAUCACACUCCCAUUUCCAUUCAUUCACCGACUAACAAGAGUUCCAAAACCCCAGCAGAAAAAAGGAAUUUAGUUCUCCGUUGUCAACGUCAGAAUCUUGAGUACUAUACUAGUAAUCAGCAAGUAAGCCUGGAAACUAUGGAAAAGCAGGUGCUAUCUCCUGAAAUAAAUAGGAGCCUUUACGCAGAUAUAGAGCCGUAUAAUUCAGGUCUUCUAAAGGUUUCAGAUAUUCACACAAUAUAUUAUGAGCAGUCUGGAAAUCCAGCUGGGCAUCCAGUGGUUUUUCUCCAUGGAGGCCCAGGAGGCGGAACUUCACCUAGUAACAGAAAAUUCUUUGACCCUAAUUUUUAUAGGAUUAUUUUAUUUGAUCAGCGAGGCGCUGGUAAAAGCACACCUCAUGCUUGCCUGGAGGAGAAUACAACGUGGGACCUUAUUAAAGACAUUGAAAAACUGAGAGAACACUUAAAAGUUCCAGAAUGGCUGGUUUUUGGUGGUUCUUGGGGAAGCACACUCGCUCUAGCAUAUAGUGAAUCUCAUCCCGACAAGGUCACCGGCUUGGUAUUGAGAGGCAUCUUUUUGUUGCGCAAGAAAGAAAUUGAUUGGUUUUAUGAGGGUGGAGCUGCUGCCAUAUUUCCUGAUGCUUGGGAGCCAUUUAGAGAUCUUAUACCGGAAAGUGAAAGAGGUUGUUUUGUGGAUGCUUACCACAAGAGAUUGAACUCCAGCGACAAGCAAACACAAUAUGCAGCAGCUAGGGCUUGGACCAAAUGGGAAAUGAUGACAGCUCAUCUUCUGCCAAAUGAAGCAAACAUACAACGAGGAGAUGAUGAUGAAUUUUGCUUGGCUUUUGCAAGGAUAGAGAACCACUACUUUGUGAACAAAGGAUUCUUUCCUACAGACUCAUUCCUGUUGGAUAAUGUUGAGAAAAUAAAGCAUAUCAACACAGUAAUUGUGCAGGGAAGAUAUGAUGUCUGCUGCCCUAUGAUGUCAGCAUGGGAUCUUCACAAGGCUUGGCCAGAAGCUGAUUUCAGAGUGGUUCCAGAUGCCGGGCAUUCUGCUAAUGAACCAGGGAUAUCAGAGGAACUUGUUGCUGCAACUGAGAAAUUGAAAUAUACCAUCAAGGACAGCAGUCACUAAGUGAGUUGGUGUUUGAACAUCCUAAGGUUGCUGCAAUCAUCUGGUUCCGUCUCUGAAAUUGUAGCAUAUGGUAGCCCACACUAACUGAUGCUACUGUAAUGUGCAUAAAAUUCAGAUGCUGGUGACUUGUUGAGAGGAAUGUCCUGUGUCUGCUGUUUGGUGAUCGUUACUAGACUAUUGCACUAGAUUUUACUUUGUUUAUUUCUUAAUGAAAGAUUAAACAAUUUGUUUUGCA